AGUCACUCCAAAACUAUAUGAAUAUGAAUCUGGUCUACAUGCAUGAUUAUUCUAUAGGUUGAACCAGACUAAUCAAACUCAUUGCAUGUAUGACCUUCCAGAAAUUUUUCAAUUUUAUUUAUCAUGCUUUUUUAUUCUAUAAGUCAUGUAUGUAUCUCACAUUCCAUUUGUUUCAUUGAGUUUCUGUUCUAAGAUGACAAUUGUUUGGCUUCCCCUCUUUCUCUGUUUUUCUUCUCUUUUUGAAGUUCUUCAUGCCACCCAUGGUGAUUCUGAUCCCAUUUACAGAUCAUGUGUAGAACAAUGUGAAGCCAAAGGAUAUAUUGCAGAAAUCUCUAUCAAACAUUGUAAGUUCUCAUCUGAUGUUCUGACAGAGAACAGUUCAUGGUAUGAGCACAAGCCAUUCUACUCACAAUGGAAACAAUGGAACUGCGAAAGUGACUGCCAAUACCACUGUAUGAUUCAAAGAGAAAAGGAAAGAGAAACCGAUGGUUUUAUGCCUGUUAAAUAUCAUGGAAAAUGGCCAUUCAAACGUGUCUAUAUUUUUCAGGAACCAGUUUCUGCAAUUCUCUCUCUGUUGAGUCUUGUGAUUCAAUUCAAAUGUUGGUUUUCAUACCACCAGUUACUGCAUUAUAAAUUGCCCCUCAGACCCCAGAGUCAAAGAACAUUCUAUGAAUUCACUGAAUUGUGGCAUGUUUCCUGGUUGUUAUCCAUGAAUGCCUCAUUUUGGAGUGCUAUUUUUCAUACCAGAUACUCUGAAUUGGCAGAGAGAUUGGAUUAUUCAUCAAUUAUAAUUUUACUUGGCAUAUCUCUAAUCCUUGCAAUUAUAAGAACUCUUCAUGUCAAAGAUGAGGCUGCAAGAGUGACGGUUGCUGCACCUCUGCUAGCUUUUCUGACAACCCAUGUCUUGUAUCUCAACUUCUACCAAUUUGAUCAUGGAUUGCACUUGAUUGUGGGUAUGGCAAUGGGAAUUGCACAAGUGCUAUUGUGGGUGGUGUGGUCUGGUUUAACAAGUCAUCCCUCAAGAUUGAAGCUUUGGAUGGUGAUGUUUGGAGGUGCACUUGCUAAACUACUAGAGAUUUAUGAAUUCCCUCCUUACUAUGGAUAUGUAGAUUCUCAUGCAUUGUCGCAUGCCUUAACGAUCCCUCUCACUUUUCUUUGGUGGAGUUUCAUCAAAGAUGACGCGAAGAUUCAAACCUCAACUCUCACUAAGAAGACCAGCUAAGUUCUAUCAUUCUAUGAAACUAGUAG